CCCUCCCUCUCUCUAAAUUUCCCUGCCUUCCUCCCUUCCUUCUUUUGUGGUUGAUAUAUAGAGCAUGCAAACAUAGUGAGAGUAAUUAACUGGGUGAUCUGAUAAACUAUUAUAGUGCCAUUGCUCCAUAGGUAAAGAACACAUUGUGGGGACUUUUAUGUUCCUCUCGGACAGUGCAGUAGCGCUGUCCACAGACAGCGUGAGUUCUGGCCUCAGAGGCAAUUAAUCUACCCCUCUACCCCUCUGGGUCAUUAUAAAUCCUCUAGACCAGCUUUUCUCAAACAUUAAUUUGCAUGCAAAUUGCCUGGGGAUUCUGUUACCUGUUCGGCAGGUCUAGGUAAGAACUGACAUGCUGCGUCACUAACAAGUUCCUGGGUUCUGCUGCCACUGCUGAUGCAUGGACCACUCUUUGAGAAGCAAGAAUAAAGAAAAGUUUUCUUUUUUAACAUUCUCACUUUUAUGUCUGACUAUUAAAUAAUAACACUUAUUCUAAAACAAAACAAAAACCACCCCAUGUUCUGAAGCAAUAAGAGCUCAGAAAUUCUAUUUCUAAUUGAGGAGAAAGUUAUAAAAAUAGCCUCUUUCCUCCCACCUCACCCUUAAGCAUGCUGCUGUGUUUUACUUUUCCCAGGCAGUUUUCUUAGCUGUGAUUCCUACUGCUGCCAUUGUCUGUCCAGUCACAUCCAGAAGAAGGUUCACAGUUACAUGGAUCUCCUGGGAAAACAUUUAGUGGAAAAGGGGGCAAGUAGAGUUAAUGACUGUUUUGGGGUGAGUCCUACCUUUCUUAUCUUCUUUUAGGUCCUCUUCUUUAAAAAAGAGAGUCUAUUCUUACAGAAAUAAUCUUUCCUUUUGAAGACAGAAGGGUCAAGGUUUUUGUUUGUUUGUUUGUUUUCCUUUCUCUUCCCAUUGAUACCCCUAGGAAGCACAAAUUGGGGUAUCAACUGCCAAUGACUUCUUAUGGGGAUAGUUGAAUAGCCUACGAAACAUUCCAGUCUAAUAUCCUAUGGCUCAACAAUUAUUUCCCUAUAUGUUAUCUUUGUUUAAGAUACAUUGAGGUGUAAGGUAAAUGCUACUUCAGUUAAAGACUUUUUCUACCAAACACAGUGAGGAGGAACAAAAAUCUCAUACUUUCUCUAUAAGUUGGCUUUCCCCUCAACUCCUUGCAUUAUUUACCCCAAAGAAAACUGCAAAAUGGUGCUAGAAUCAUCUGUCACAUAGGUCUAUCUUCCCUGAGUUGGAGUCUAUUCUAAUUCUGACCUGGCAUCUAUCUUGUUUACAAAAGUUUUCAGUGUCUCUACUCUGAUGGAGCUCAUUCCAAUCUACUUUUAACAUUUCUUAAGAGCAGGAACAAAUGGGAGCAAAUGUUUGUGUGCUUUUUUGCUGUUUUAAAGGGAGCCAAGGGAGUCUACACAAUUAGUAUUUAUGUGGCAAGAGUUAGUCCUAGGCUAGGAAUAAGCUAAAGGUGGUGAAAAGUGUUCUGUGUAGCACGCGCUAAAUUCUGGUCACACCACGCUUUCAGAUAAUUCAGAGUCUCCUCUCUAUCCUUGCAGACUACUCAUCCUGCCCCUAGUACAGAUAGUUUAUAUCUGUAAGUUGGCUAAUAUUUAAAGAAAGUCAAUGAAUUCGGGGUCACUUUGUUACCCACAGGUCUGAUGUUCCGUAGCCAGUACUUAUGCAGAAGUCCUACAAACCAUAAUGGCCAAUCUGAAAAUUCAUCCAUCAGAAAAAAGACUCUUUCUGUAAGCAAUGGCCUCAGUUUUGCUUCUCUUUUGGAUGAACACCACCACAUAGGGCCUGAAUGUGAAAGAAGACCCUCUAUUUGUCUGUUCCGGGGCAGUCUGGUAGUAAAACACCGUUGAAUGGGACACAGUUUCAGCAGACCAUCAGGUGAAUGGGACCAGUCUCCCUUCUUCCAAAAUAUCAGAAGUUAAGCACUUGGAACGGAGAUUUGGCCAAGAUGACCCAUUUACAGGCUGGACUCAGUCCAGAGACUAUAGAGAAAGCUCGCCUGGAACUGAAUGAAAACCCAGAUGUUUUACAUCAGGAUAUUCAGCAAGUCAGGGACAUGAUCAUCACCAGGCCUGACAUUGGAUUUUUACGUACAGAUGAUGCCUUCAUCCUGAGAUUUCUCCGAGCCAGGAAGUUUCACCAAGCGGAUGCCUUUAGACUCCUGGCUCAGUAUUUCCAGUACCGCCAGCUAAACCUGGACAUGUUCAAAAACUUCAAGGCAGAUGAUCCCGGCAUUAAGAGGGCUCUGAUCGAUGGAUUCCCUGGGGUGCUGGAAAACCGAGACCAUUACGGCAGGAAGAUUCUUUUGCUGUUUGCAGCCAAUUGGGAUCAGAGUAGGAACUCCUUCACAGACAUCCUUCGUGCCAUCUUGCUGUCGUUGGAAGUCCUAAUUGAAGAUCCGGAGCUUCAGAUAAAUGGCUUCAUUUUAAUUAUAGACUGGAGUAAUUUUUCCUUCAAACAAGCCUCCAAACUGACACCUUCAAUCCUUAAACUGGCCAUUGAAGGGUUGCAGGACAGCUUUCCUGCCCGCUUUGGAGGAGUCCACUUUGUCAACCAGCCCUGGUACAUUCAUGCCCUCUACACACUCAUCAAGCCAUUUCUUAAAGACAAGACCAGAAAACGGAUUUUCCUGCAUGGAAACAAUUUAAACAGCCUUCACCAGCUAAUACACCCUGAAUUUUUGCCCUCUGAGUUUGGAGGAACUCUUCCUCCUUAUGACAUGGGAACUUGGGCCCGGACGUUACUCGGUCCUGACUACAGCGAUGAAAAUGACUAUACUCACACAUCCUAUAAUGCAAUGCAUGUGAAGCAUACAUCCUCAAAUCUGGAGAGAGAAUGCUCACCCAAGCUGAUGAAAAGAUCUCAGUCUGUGGUAGAAGCCGGGACCCUGAAACAUGAGGAGAAGGGAGAGAAUGAGAACACUCAGCCACUCCUGGCUCUGGACUGAACCCUGAGUCACACCAAUGCUCCCGCACACUGGCCUUCAGUGGUAUCAGCCACCCAGGAAGCACAUGUGCAACUGACCCACACAGACACGUGUGUUCUGCUUGACACAAGGUCCUCCACUCCUGACCCCCUGCAGUGACUGUCACCAGCCAUCGGUCUGAGCAGCCAAAGUUGGACAAAGACUUGAGAGAUGCUUUUUUUUUCCCCCCACCACAGUGAGGGGACUGGAGGAUGAUGCAAGGCAUUUAUGUAAAAAAGAUUAUCCUUCCUAUUUAUGGUAGUAAACAAAUUGAAAAAAUAAAAAACUAAAUUUGAUGCACACACUGCAUUAGGACAAGAAUUUUUCUGGGGUAUCACACAAGGACCCUCUCUGGUUUUUGAAAAUUAAGUGCAUUUCCAAGUAAAUGUAUCAGAGUUAAACUGUGCAGACACCACUGUCAAGUUUCAUGUAGUACAAAGCCCUGAGACAAUAGCAUCUCUGGUAAUUUCCAUUCUUACUGAAUUAUUUCCUUUGACCUCAUCACCAGCAUUGAAUCGUUCAGCCUAAGAGCAUGUUCUCAUAGGUCUGGGUAUUUGCAAAGUUUGCUUAUUUUGAUAUCCUGCAAAAAAAUUAUUUUGAUGUCACAUCUCUUGUCAGGCCACUAGCUGACUGUCAUGAGCUGACUUUAAAGGAAGACACACGCACAUGAAAUACAAUUAUUUCAUCUGAGCAAUGUGAGUUUCCCCCACAGGCAGUUCAAGAGCCCAUUAGUGCAGCGUGUGUCUGCAGAGGAGCUGUCUCACUGAAAACACAUGUCAGUGAUUAAUGAAUCCAUUCCAGUUGUCUCAACUGGUCACUACAGCAAAGAAAAGUGCUAUCAAACCAUUUACCCCUUGUCCCCAACCCUCCUGCAACCAUUAAAGAUGUGGAGAAAGAACGUGGUUGUUGCUCCGAGGGUAAAUAUUCAAUCAUGGAGCAAGACCCAUAUGGAUGGUUAAAUAUGCAAGUACUAAAUAAGAGAAGACUAGAAAUGCAAGAUGAAAUGUCAAAGGUCAUUUUAUUUACCUAUUCUCCUUAGAAAUGGAGUCCCUAACUAUCCAUUCAAAAGAAAUCAGAUAUAAAAUAAACGGACAUCAUAUGAUAUGAUAUUCUUACUUGUGCCAUGUUUUCCAAGACCGGUGCAUAUUUUUAGAUAUCUCUUAUUUGCCCAGCCAUCUGUAUGACAUGGGUAUUUAUUAGUAUGACCAGUUGGUGCUCAAUGUCAAACAAAAAUAUUUUAGUUAAUAAUGGGCAGUAAAAUAUGAUUUUACAUUUUAAAUAUUUGGGAGAGUUAAUUUGUUAGCUAAAUAAUUCAAGGGAAAGAGAUUAUUCAACUCGUCAAAUCACCCCUGAUAAUGUUAUUACUAAUCUUAAUUAUUGAUUACAUCUCUUUCCCAAUGGAUCUAAUAUUUUAAUUUUUUUUCCCUAUUGGUAGAGAAUAAUAACAGAAGUAAUUUUCAUAUUAUCCCUUGGAGAAAUAAAGUUGAAACAGAAUUAAAAAUACUUCUCAAACAGCUGUAUCACAAUAUAAAUUAAAUUAAUUCAUUUUUGUGUAGACAUUGGAAAUCACAAAAAUAAUAACAUUGAAAUAAUUCUACCAAUGCAGUGACAGAAACACUUUUCUUAUGUACCAAGACAUAGGUAAGAGAAAGAAAGAAUUAAAGUGAAUUAGAAAAUCCAUUUUAUUGCUUGGGUUUAAAAUAGUUAUGGGAUACAAGUAUUUACAAUGCUAUUGGAGUCAAUUAUUGACAACACUUUGCAACAGUAAUGCCAUUUCUAGUUUUUCAAUUGGCAAUACUUAGAACCCUACUGUAGUGACCUGAUUUUAAAUACCAUAUUUACUAAGUUAAGAGCUAGUUUUUACUCUCUUCCAUAAUUUCAUUACAUGAAUGUAAGAUGAUGGCUCAACAAUGAUGACUUAUAGUUUGAACUUCUUUAUGUGUAUGCAAUAUACAUAUGAGAACCAAAUUCAACAAGUGACGCGAAUGUUACUACAUGAGCAUUGAAUUGUAUUGCCCUUGUCAGUUAUUUCCUCUGUUCAAUAAAUACUGAAGGACACAA